CAUAAGUUUACAUUAGAUGAAGAUGAGAAAAUUGUAGGAUUAAAUAUUAGAGCCGGAUGGUUCAUUGAUGGAAUUGAAAUUAAAACUAAUAAAAAGAGCAGUGGAUGGAUUGGUGGAUUUGGUGGAUCGAUGCAUUAUUUGUAUAUGCCUAAAGAUCACGAAAUAAUUGGAAUUUUUGGAAGUGGUGAUUCCUAUAUUAAUUCUUUGGGAAUAAUUUAUAAGAAACAUUUAACUUUGAUUUUAAAUCUAGUGGCGGGCAUGAUCCCUCUGAUCCCAACAGAAAUUUAUCAGCAAAUUCUCAAAAGAUUUCAUGUGUCAACAAUCUGGAAACUUGCUUUAGUCAAUAAAACUUGGUGCGCAAACGUUAUUCCGAUUCUUUAUAAGGAACCAUUUUCUCUUGUAUAUAACAAUACCGAUACUCUUGAUGAUAAAGAGAGAAAGGCGCAGCUUGCGAGAACGUAUUUAUGGUGUUUAAGUGAUGAAGCAAAAAAUUCACUUAAAUCUGUUGGAAUUGAACUACCUGAAUGUAUCAUAACAAAGUCAACAUUUAAAUACGAAUCAUUCUUAUACAAUAUAAAUUACUUAUAUUUCUCUGAUAUCUUUAGAGAAUUACUAAUUUCUCUAGACAAUGAUAGCAGCAUGAUAGAUUGUUUUCAUUAUGUAAUACUCGAGAAAGUUUGCAAGCAGUUUGUAAUUAGUGCGGAAAAAAUUAAGCAUCUUUCACUUAUAGAUGUUAACAAGAUUCAUCUUCCAUUUCGAAGUCGAAUGAUGGUACCAUUACAAUCGUAUAUUUGUAGUGAAAACUCUUUCUUCUCACGUAUCGAAAAGUUUGAAUCUGAUGAAAGUAUUACAUCCGGGUUCUUCUUUGAGAUGGCACAAGUGGCUCACAAAAUUGAAGACUUGCACAUUGUUGAUUGUCAUAAGAAUGAUGAAGCUAUUGCGACAUUAAUUCGAGUUCAAGAUAAUUUACAAAAGAUUUCUCUUGAAUUUAAUGGAAGUCUUCAAUCGUGGGAAUAUCUUGAAGAAGCACUUGGAGAAAAAGUAGAAUCACUUAAAUAUGUACACAUCUUAUCAAGGGUUUAUUUAACAUACGAUUAUUUUUCACUUGGAAUAUUUUCGGGAUGUACAAAUUUACAAGUCUUGAAAUUGCAUCUUUAUAAAUCUAUGGAUCAUCAUGUCUUGGAAGAUUUUGUUGAAUCCUCUUUAACGAAAUUGAAAACUCUUGAUUUAAAAAUUGCAAUCCAUCCAACAUCUGAUACAUUUAGUCAAAUUUCGAGAUUGAUUACAAAUUCAAAUACUUAUGAUACUUUACGAAAUGUUACAAUAGUCUGGCAAUAUUAUCCAGUUGAUUUCUAUGAAAUAACCAUUCCGAAUUCCAAGGGUAAUCAUAUUUUAAAUAUUUUUCUUGCAUGUGUCUUAUUACAAGAAGCAAAAUUUUAUACGGAUAAUAUACGAAAUCUUGUAAAUACUAAAUGUGAUCAUUUGGAAUAUUCGGAUAUAUCACAAAAAUUCAUGUCUUUCGGAGAAAAUAUACCAAAAAAUUUGCGAAAACUUUGCUUCUUUGGUUCCUGGAGAUUUGAUUAUUUUGCAUUAUCAGAAUUUCUUGAUGGAUGUGCAGAUAGAUUAAACAAAAAGCCUUUUGGAUUGUUGUUUAGUCUACACCCAGGAAGGAAAUCU